AUGGAGCCUGCCCAUUAUGGCCUAUCUUUGGUGGACGAUGGGCAGCCCGAUUCCCAAGGAAGCAUCCUUUAUGCUCUGCGCUGCCAGCCGAUUAUCACAAGUGUGUUUCUGCGAUCUGGCCAGGGAGAGGCAGAGACAAGAGAAUGCAUUUAUUACAAUGCCAACUGGGAACUGGAAAAGACUAACCAGAGUGGAGUGGAGCGUUGCGAAGGUGAAAAAGACAAGCGCCUGCAUUGCUAUGCAUCGUGGAGGAACAACUCUGGAUUCAUUGAACUAGUGAAAAAAGGAUGUUGGCUUGAUGACUUCAAUUGUUAUGACAGGCAGGAAUGUGUGGCCACAGAAGAGAAUCCACAAGUCUAUUUCUGUUGUUGUGAAGGGAAUUUCUGCAAUGAAAAGUUCACUCAUUUACCUGAAGCUACUGGCCCACAAGUGGUUUAUGAGCCACCGCCUCCCAACGCCUCGCUGCUCCAUGUUGUCGUUUAUUCUUUGUUUCCCAUGACUGCUCUCUCCAUUGCCAUCUUGCUGGCCUUUUGGAUGUACCGUCACCGCAAGCCUCCGUAUGGGCACGUUGAUGUCAGCGAGGACCCAGGACCCCCACCUCCUUCUCCAAUGAUUGGACUGAAGCCAUUGCAGCUGUUAGAGGUCAAAGCCAGGGGUCGCUUUGGCUGUGUCUGGAAAGCACAAUUGAUGAAUGAGUAUGUAGCAGUGAAAAUCUUCCCCGUACAGGACAAGCAGUCUUGGCAAAGCGAGAGGGACAUCUUCAACACCCCAGGAAUGAAGCACGAAAACCUCCUGCAGUUUAUUGCAGCCGAGAAGAGGGGAGCCAACCUGGAGACGGAGCUUUGGCUGAUCACAGCUUUUCAUGAUAAGGGGUCUUUGACUGACUAUCUGAAGGGGAACGUUGUCAACUGGAAUGAGCUCUGCCACGUGGCGGAAACCAUGGCCCGCGGACUCUCCUAUCUGCAUGAGGACAUCCCCUGGUGCAAGGGAGAAGGACAUAAACCUGCUAUAGCACACAGGGAUUUCAAGAGCAAGAAUGUACUUCUGAAGAAUGACUUAACUGCCGUGCUUGCUGACUUCGGACUGGCUGUACGCUUUGAACCCGGGAAGCCUCCAGGAGAUACUCAUGGACAGGUGGGAACUAGAAGAUACAUGGCUCCUGAGGUCCUGGAGGGAGCAAUUAAUUUCCAGAGAGAUUCCUUCCUGAGAAUUGACAUGUAUGCCAUGGGCCUGGUAUUGUGGGAGUUGGUUUCCAGAUGCACAGCAACUGACGGUCCAGUGGAUGAGUACUUACUGCCUUUUGAAGAAGAAAUCGGCCAGCACCCAUCUCUUGAGGAGCUGCAGGAGAUUGUGGUCCAUAAGAAGAUGCGCCCGGUGUUCAAGGACCAUUGGCUUAAACACCCUGGCAUAGCCCAGCUGUGUGUUACCAUUGAAGAAUGCUGGGAUCAUGAUGCGGAGGCCAGACUGUCAGCCGGUUGUGUGGAAGAGCGCAUUGCCCAGAUUCGCAAAUCAGCCAAUGGUAGUACCCUCGACUGCCUUGUUUCCAUCGUGACCUCUGUCACCAACGUAGAUUUGCUGCCCAAAGAGUCAAGUAUCUAAAUCCUUAUUUGCCUUUUUUUUUCCCACUGGUCUCUUCAGACGCAGUGGAUUUUUUUUUCAAAAAAAAAAAAAAAUUGCAGAAUUCAACACACACACGCAUACAUAUACAUGAAUGCAGCUGCUAUUUUCUUGACUUUUCUUGCUAUUGUUAUUAUUUGUUGUUGUGUUGUUGUUGUUGUUGUUUUGACUGAAUCAAUUUACCAGCAUAUUGCUCUACUGUAUUGAAAGAGAAAAAAAAAUUAAGAGAAAGACAUCUCUCUGAAAGCAUCCAGGUGCCGACUAAUGAAUGCAGUUACAGUGCAGGUACCUCAAAACCUCAGUGAACUCUUUGAUUCCUUUAUUAACCUAUUUUCUCUUCUAACUAACCUGCAAUUUUUACACCAAAUAUCAGUGAUAACAAGAAAACGACCUACUCAUCUUCUUAUACAUGCUGCAAAAUCAAGACUGUUCCAUGAGAUCAUACCUCUCAAAAGAACGGAUUCCCCGCCCCCCCUCUACUACUUUUCCUUUUCUUGCUUUUCUAUUUUAGACAGUGAGCUUAAAAAAAAAAAGAAAAGAAAAAAGCAGAUGUGUCUUUUACGGGUCUAACGGGUGUUGCCGUGUUUGUGUGUGGGGGGGAGUGAUUGCGUCGAGAAUAUUAACUGAUGAUGGUAGAACCGAAGACGAGAAGUUGAAGGCUGGGUGGGGAAGAGAUGGUGGACUAUUGCAGCAUUUGGAGAAACAAUGGCUAAAGAAUUACUUCUCAGGAAAACAGUUAAUGAGAGGAUGGGCAAGUUUUGAGGCAGACUAUUAAACUGCUGCAACAUGCAGAAAAAGUUGGGUCACAACAUCACUGAUACAAAUGGAUUCUUAAAUAUCUCAGGCUUGAGAAAUGUUAAGUGAAAUCAACCCUUUCUAUUACAUUUAUAAGUUCAGAGAAUGAGGUCUUAGGAUUCAACAACUGCAGAUUUCCCUCAGUUGUCUUAACAGGGCAGCGUUACAGCCCUAAGCGAUUUUUCUGCCAUUGUAAUACAAAAAUAAAAUACAGAAGACAACAAGCGUCUGACCUGGAGCUUUAAAAAAAAAGCCCAGUCUAUCCAGUUAUGUAUUGGCAUUCGGUAUUCGAUGUCAUUCAUGAUGUGAAACAACCUUUCUUUGAAGGCUCAUUGAAAUCAGUAAAACUUACUUCCAAGUAAAUGUAGCCAGGACUAAUAAAAUUCAAUUUCACUCUUAGAUCUUAACAUCUGCAGAGCAAAUGUCAAGGCUGUUUAGCUGCUAUGACUAUCAAGAAUUGUAAAGGGAGAUAAUGAUUCCCCAUUAAGGACACAUAGAAACGCCAUCACCAAUUGUCCCUGAGACUUCAUGGGAAUGUAUGUGUGUAUAUUGAAGAAAAAAAAUAUCAAGAUGGCAGCUGUGAUCAUGGCCAUCUUAACUUUUUUGACACCUUCUCUGUCCAUGUCUCCAUAGUCCUUUGGCAAAAGUCAUGGCGACUGAAUACAGUUGAAUAGAGUUGUCUAUCUUUCUUUGAUUUAUAGUAAGGAUAGGUGUAGUUUAGGCCAAUGUUUCUCAACCUUGGCAACUCACAUCUUUUAAGAAUUCUGUUUCUAAGUAUACUUUUACACUUUAUACACAAAUUCCUUUGCUUUCAACAUAGCUCAUAGCUGGUUGAAAUUGAUGGGUUUGAUUUUUCUUGAUUCUUCAUUCUCUGAAGACUGUCACCCAACUUUUUCGUCUUAACAGUGGUGCAUAUUUUCAAUACACUUAAUUCUACUACGCCAUAUAAAAUCCGCUCUAGUCAGUGAAUACUCCUAAUGCUGCCAAUAUAACAUUUAAAUAUUUUUUUAACUUGCAAGACAUGCAAUGAUUUAUAAAAGAAAUAAACUUAGAAUACACAUACACAUGAAGUGGCUUUUGAGGUUUUAAACUAAAAAAAAAGAAAAACCUUCAUGACCACAGACCACCUCAAACCAGAAAUACCUCAAAAUUUUCUACUUGUAUGAGUUUUAUUAUAUAUUUUGUUAGUUGUGUUAUCUUGGAGUAUGUAAAUUUUAAUGUAAGUUGGCUUUUAUGAAAAGGGAGUUUUAAAAAAAGAAGAAGAAAAAAGAAAAAAAUUCCCCAAUCUUUUAGAAAAUGCUACCACUUCUUUCUGUUUUCUUUCUAUAAAGCACCAUUGUAAAUAAGUGUAAACAAUUAUAGAGGAAUUGGCUAUACAAGAUUCCUGGACAUAUUCACCAUUACUUGUGAAGGCUUGUUUCCAUUUUUAAAAAUUUUGGUGGGAGUAGUAGGAGCACAAGUUGUUUUAGUAAAGAAUUAUUAGUACAGCAUUUCCUUUAUGAAAUGUUUCCCCCGGGAGAUGCUAGUCCAUGAAUGAAAAUUAUUUUCUUUAGAUUUGUUAUUCAGCUAUUGGUUGACUGAUACCCAGUUAACACAAUACAAAUGAUCAUUCAGUUAAAAACAAAGGUUGCAAUGCAAUUCCUUUUCCCCAAGGCAUUUUAAUUAACUGUAGAAGAAUCUCAGAGAAGCUUUUCUAACAAAUAAAGAACAGCAAAAAGGAAACUAAUCUUGCCAAAUGGGCAUGUGGAAGCAGAGGUGCCCAAAACAAACUGCUUUUUUUGGUUUUGUAAGACAAGAGGGAGAGAGUUGCUUUUGACUGCUUGUGAAUGUGCAAAAAAAUAU